CGUGUUCCCAAUCCUCCAUCUCGCAGCACACUUGAGCGAUGGACUUCAACUUCACUGAUUAUCUUGACGACAUGGCGAGUGACACUAUGCGGCAUACCGCACCAGUCUCCUCACAAUCUGACCCAGGUCCCAACGCCCGCCUUGUCUCCAUCGGCUGGACGGAAGCCAAGGGAAGCACCAGCCUUCUUAGUCCGACCGGAGGAGUUUGCGCUGGGAUCAUCUCAGGCGCAUAUCUUUCGCGAGUACUUCAGGACGACGGUUUCCAAGUCAUGUUUGAAGCUCCAGUUCGAAGCAGGGGUGGGUCUGGUAUAACAUCUUUGAGCCUGACUUACCUCCUCAGCAACUUUUCUUCCGCCUCUCUUUCGAGGAUGCACCGACACCGAAUCCUGUCCCAGGCGGUCGCUUCGACAGACGAUAUCACGACGGUCAAGCUCGUCAAAGGAACGCGUGAACACCCACAUAACAAGCUCAUCUUCACCUUUCGGCGCCCGCCCCUCGUCGAGGCGGACUUCCGCUACCUCAGGGAUAGCCCACCGGGCCUCAAGACGCGUCGUGCGACGGAGCUCGAUUGGAGUCCCGACGAGAUAGAUGAGUUUGGCGCGGGUGCACCAGGGACGGUGGCGCGUGGAUUCUGGAAGCGCACGCCGAUGAAGUUCGGCUUGUGGCUGACGUACGGGUUCACGUUCAUCUGCAAUCGCGCGGAACUGGAGCGUGUGACCACGGCACUCUCUCGGCUGCGCACCCUGGAACGCACUCGCGGAGAGAAGAUGGAGUUUGAGAACUCUGGGCUGGGAGGGGACGUUGUGAACGGCACUGAGCGCAGAGGAUGGCUUCGCGACGACCCGGCUCCACCUCUGGACGACCUCCUGGCGAUACAGAAGCAUCCCUUCAAUGUGCGGUACCUGGUCAUGGGACUCGUCGGACAGGGGCUCCUACUGGAAUGCGAAGGUGGGCCUAAAUGCUUCGCCCGGCCGUCUCUCGACUCAUCGCGUGCAGUGGCAAACCUCUUCCAUCUGCUGCUUCCCGUCCACAAGCACCACCGACCUACCAUCCUGCGGGCCCUCUUCCGACUCGACCGUCGAGUCCUCGUAGGCAGCGGGCUAGCUAAACAAGUGGGUGCACUGACACGCCACCUCGGCGACCCGCAACCCCCCAUCCACAAGCUGCCGGGUGGACGAUUUGCGAUCAUGCGUGUUGUCGUGACACCUACGCGUGUCAUGCCGUUCCCCGCCUCCAUCGAGACGGGCAAUCGCGUGCUGAGGGCGUGGCCGGACGAGGUGAUCGAUGGCAGGAUUAUACGAGUUGGCUUCGCGGACGAGGAUGGGCGGAUGAAGAUGAAGAAGGCUCUCGUCGAGGCCGAGGAAGUGGAUCCUGAUCGUGGCCUGCUUGCCCGUGUUCACAAUGUUCUCGUCAAUGGGGUGUGGGUGGCUGGCAGACUCUACGUUUUCCUUGCAGCUGGCGAAUCUCAGCUCAAGGACCAUUCCUGCUGGAUGGUGUGUGAAACGGGUGCGUUCACUGCCGACGCUGUGCGUAAGCAGAUGGGAGAUUUCUCCAAGGAGCAGGUUGUGGCCAAGUAUGCGGCGCGCAUGGGCCUCUGCUUCAGUGCCACCAAGCACGUCGUACAACUCGAUAUGGGUGACAUUGAGGAUCUGCCGGACGUCACUCACGGCAAGUACACUUUUACUGAUGGCGUCGGGAACUGUAGUCAGGCGCUGGCAAGCCUGUGCGCCAAGGCACUAGGAAAGAUAGCAGAGCCAUCUGCAAUUCAGAUUCGAAUGGGCGGAAUCAAAGGCGUUCUUUCUGUCCACCCGCAUCUCGAGGACAAUCAAGUGUGCAUCCGCCCGACGAUGCGGAAAUUCGACUCCCCGUUGCGCGAUCUGGGGGUGAUGAAGGUGUCGGGGUUUGCCCCAGCCCAUCUGAAUCGCCAAGCCAUUCUGAUCAUGGAGGCACUCGGGACGAACAUCCGUGCGCUUUUGGACAAGUUCAAGGAGCAGAUUCACCACGCCAACAACCUCGAAAACGACUUGCGCAGUCUCACGCCGGCACGUUAUGGUACUCGGAAGCUAUACCAGAAGGCGAUGAUCCCGAUCGCGAAGAUGUUCAAGGCGGGAUUGGAGAAACAUGUCCUGGUCAAGAAUGUACUACGUUGCAUCAAGUGUCAGCUGCUGCGUGACUUGAAGUACCGGGCGCGCUUGUUGGUGCCCGAAGGCGCGUUCCUGAUGGGAAUUGCCGACGAAUACGACACGAAGAAAAGCAAGCGGGAUUUGCCGUCCAUGCUGGGAGGUGGAGACCUGGACGGGGACUUCUAUACCCUCAUCUACGAUAAAGAGCUGCAAAUCACUCGAGAGCACGAAGCUAUGGACUACACUCCAGUCGUGCCUUUGAGGAAGGACAGAAUCGCGAUUUCCGACAUCUGCCAAUUCGUAGUCGAUUUCAUUCGGAGCGAUAUUCUCGGGCUGGUCGCCUCCGACAUCAUGGCACUCUCGGACCAUCUCGGACCCACCCAUCCAGACUGCCUCGAACUCGCCAAAAUCAAUUCCGACGCCGUUGAUUUCGCCAAGUCGGGUGUGCCUGUACACCAGCCAUCUCAUCUGCGUCCCACGCAUUUUCCCGAUUUCAUGGACAAGGACCCGCUCCGAUCGUACAAGAGCACUCACGUGCUGGGGAUGAUGUUCCGGCUGAUCGAGCCUGCGCCGACGUACGAGGGCUCGGAUGAUGUCCAUGUCGAGAGACGAUUUACGACGCGCAAGGUCCCGCCGACCUAUCUCAAGUUUGCGGGCGAGAUGAAGCAGACCUACGACGUGGAGCUGGAAGGGAUGAUGAGGCAGCACAGCCUGUGCGAGGCGGAGAUCAUCGCUGGCGUUUCUAUCAUGAACGAGCACAAACGCCGGCGGGCAGCCGACGAUGCCAUGCGGGGCCCCGUGCGGGAGGGAAUCGAGGCCCUCCGGUAUCAGUUCCGCCGCGACGCGCGGCGCUUCGUGAAAGACAAUCCUUCAGGGAACGCCAUGGAAAACUGGGCACUGGCGUGCUACCAGGUCACGCACGUGGCGGAGUUCCGGCAGCGCUUCGUCGAUGCGCUGAAUCCGAGUCGGCUGGGGUCGGCCGGGGUCUCGAGCGUGGGUGGGUACGCCAGCGACGACGACGACGACGAGGAGGAGCAGGUGUACGGCGAGGUGAAGCGGAGGGAGCUGGUGUCGUUUCCAUGGAUCUGGGCUGAUGAGCUGUGCCAUUCUGUGUCGGAGAAUGUAAUCAAAGAAGAAGACGAGGAGGACGAGGAUCUGCUGGAAGCCUGGUGCAGCCCAUGGGACGAAGGCGACGAGGACAACAACCGUGCUCGCCCCACGGACGGGCCUCAGGUGGCUCUCAAGAAGGAGGAGGAGGAGGAGAUCGUGAUCACAGGCCAUAAACCCGGGCGGGAGGUGAUAGUUCUAGAUGAUGAUUAGUUGUGAGCCUCUUUGGCCUGUCCAGUUUGCAAACGCACCGCUAUGUGUGGUCGGCAUUGCCUUCACGAGACGCGAGUACUGCCGUAUCACCGCUAAAACUGCAUCCCUAUAGCAGCCGGGCUCGUCAUCCUCUUAUUCAUGCCCGCACAAUGGGUCGUGUUCGUCAGCAGGGGAUAAUGGGACCGAAUCCAGGGACUUCGGGCCCACCAUUAUGCGUGCGCCGUGCCGAUCCCUUAAGGAGAUAUUCUCGCUGUUGCGUCGAUUCCGAAUUGGAGGACGCUUAUUGUGCCCGUUUGGUCUCGACGAUAGAUGUGUGCAGGAUAACCGACAGUUCAUACUGUAUCUUCGCAUGAGCCUCGUGCGCAGUCUGUCAAGAGAGCCAGUCAUGGAGAGGAUAGAUCUCAAACGGCGACGGUAGAUUGGAGCAACCCGCUGUCCAUGGAUGUUGUUACCAGCUGGAGCUGAAACUUGUCCCUCUUAAGCAAACAGAAGUACUACUUUACAGACUAUUCACGAUGGCUUGAAGCUCGUCCAAUGCCUGGUCUGUAAGCCCCAUCUUAGAGUCAGGACCGAGGACCGCGCAGACCUCUGCGUCGUCGCCCUCGUCCCCCACACAAUCCAUGACAUACCGCAGCUUCCUCCCCGAGGCAUAGGCGGUGUACACCAGGGCAAUCGCCAGCACCGCGCGCACCGCGCGCACCGGACCCACGAGCAGCAUGCGCACCGGAUCCGUGCGGGACUCAUACACCGGCGGCAGCCCCAGCUGCUCAAAGGGGUACGCGUCGCCCAGAUCGACGUCGUCCCCGUCGUCCGAGAGCGUGACGGUGGUCGAGUAGUACGGCAGCGCCAGCGCCAGGAAAUCGCGCACCAGCAACAAGUGGUGGCGGCGCAGCGGCAGGCCGCCGUCGCGCGCCCACGCGUCGAUGUUGCGCGGGCGCUCGAACAGGUCCAGGACCUGCGCCGGGCCGAGGUCGGAGAUGCGCAGGCUGCCGGGCAGGUGCGCCUUCGACGCGCGCAGGAUGCGCACGGCGUGCGUCCAGUUGCCCGCAGGCAGCGCCGCGCUGUCCGUGGCAAACGCCUGCGGCUGGUCGAAGGCGCAGAGGGUGUGCAGGUGCGGGAUCAACUGCCGCGCGGACGGCCCGGAGGACGUCGAUUCGGAUGCGGAGGGGCCACUCUCGGUUGCGCGCGGCGGAGGCGGCAGCGGCGGAGGCACACAGCUGCGGCGGUUCGCUGCGACGCACAUCGGGGACGCGGGUGGGGUGCGGCCGGCCGUGGAGAAGAGGUCGGUGGGGAGCUUGGAUCGGGUGGCGCACGGGUCGACGUCUGUACAGACGCGCAGGGAGACAGUGCAGCGUUCUCUGAGGCUGGGGCUGCGGUUGGCCGCCAUGAGAUUCGCGCGUAGCAAGGUGUAGACUUGGAUGAGGAAGGUGGACGUCGUCGCGAGGUGCGCUGCUCAGUUCGCGACAGAGACGUGAUCUGGUCAUCGGUGCGCGCGUGCGAUCUUUUAUGCGUGGUGCUGACAAUGCACCACCACGACAAAGCCGCGAGUGCCAUUGUUGGGCUGAAAGAGAGAUCAAAAAGCGCGGACAGGACAAAGAGCAGAGGACGCACGACGUCGAGCAUGCCUGCAGUUUUCAUUCCGGUCUUGUUCUCCGCUUUAAAGCCUUUCGUGGAGAGCGUUUAUGGCCCGUGGCGGCUAUCGUCGAGGUGCAAGUAUUUCCGCCGAGCGCAGUGUCGAGGGCGCCCGAACUUGACAUGGGUGGAAUGUCCAAACAUAUGAUAGAACCCGCAAGAAGCAAGUCGAUGUCCAACAGUCGACGCUGAUAAGGAGUAUGGGAGAUCGUCCAUCAGAUCGCAUACAGUACGCGCAGAAUUCCAGUGUCGGAUCUACCGUUCCAGUGAUGAGUGAUUCUUUGGGUCAUGCCAACGACUCUAGCCCGCGGGACCCUAGACCGAGAAGGCUCGUCAAGUCCGUUGCGUGCUGUUGCAUGCUUGCUGUCCGGCUCCUUCCGUGUCGUUCAGGGUUCGGAGGCGGGGGAGGGAAGCACGGGGGGACCCGCGUCAAAGCAGUUGCGGGACGACACACCUCGGCUGCACAGCCUCUGAAUCCAUGCCGCGCGCUCCUUUCUGCUCCCUUACAAAUCCACCAUCCCUCGUGACACCGCUUAACGACGGCCUCUUGGCGCGGCUCAAGCCUCCUCAGCAGGGCAUUCCCGGGCUCGAUCGGGCUGAGGCGCAAGUAGCCGCAGAAUGGCAGUCUCAGAAACUGUGCUCGAAAACACCGUGCGCGAUCUGACACUGUCGCCUGGAAGCGUGGCAGCAAGGCAAGGGCGGAUCGCGUCCAAAUGCGGUGGUUCCCGACGCAAUGAUCAUGAUGAUCUUCGCGAAAAGCGUCCGAAGAAGCUGGUGUUGUGUGGCACAGCGUGGAUCCCGACACAUGGCAUUCUGUGUGCCAGUGCGACGGUCGGAGGACGGUGGCUCGCCGGAUGACGCAGCUGCUGCCGAGACUGAGCGGGUGGGUCUUGAUAUAAGUAAGGCAUGUGAGGGAGGGAGGGAGCCAGCAAAAUUAACCCGGCACGCGAUUUCGCAAUGCUCACCAAGACCUUCCUUCCCCUACUUUCCCUGGCCGUGGUGGCCUCCGCGCAGGUGCAGUCCCCCAUCUUCGACCUCGGGUACGCCAAGUACCAAGGCGCGGUCAACACGACCACCAAUGUCACCAGCCUGAUCGGCAUCCGGUACGCUGCGCCCCCCGUCGGGGACCUGCGAUUCCGCGCGCCCACGGCGCCGGCGAACGUCAGCGGCGUCCAGUCUGCCACUGUCGAGGCGAACCAGUGCUACCAGGCGUUCAUCGGCAAGGCGCCCGGCAACUUCAUGUCGCUGAAGCGCGCGACGAUCUCGCCCAGCGAGGACUGUCUUUUCCUCAACGUCUUCUAUCCGAGCGAUGCCGCUGGUAAGCCCAAAGAGAAGCUGCCGACGCUGUUCUGGAUCCACGGCGGAGGAUACGAUGUUGGCGACAUCAGCAACUUUGACGGCGGCGACAUCAUCCGGCAGGCCAACCAGGGCGUGGUCGUCGUCACUAUCCAGUACCGUCUCGGUGCCUUCGGUUUCCUGCCGGGAACGGCGACGAAGGAGGACGGAGACCUGAACGCUGGUAUCCUCGACCAGGACUUUGCGUUGCGCUGGGUUCAACAACACAUCUCCCAAUUCGGCGGUGAUCCUUCCAAGGUUACGAUCUGGGGCGAGAGUGCUGGUGGUGGCUCGGUGCUCCAGCACCUGAUUGCCAACAACGGAAAAACUCAGCCCCAGCUUUUCCGCGCUGCGAUCACCAGCUCGAGCUACCUCCCUCCUCAAUACAAGUACGACGACCCCGCCGCCGAGAUUCUGUUCAACACCUUUGCGGCCCAGAACAACUGUACAUCUGCCGCGGACGUCAUGUCGUGCCUGCGAUCUGUCGACGCCUCGGCGAUGGCCACGGUGAACAACAACGUCAACAACGGCGGCUUCUUCGGCACGUUCACGUGGGUGCCUGUGGUUGACGGCGAGUACAUCGUCCAGUCCCCGAUCGCCGCUCUGCAGAAGCGCAAAGUCAACGGCCAAGCGCUCUUGGCGAUCGCCAACGCGUUCGAGGGAACGAUUUUCAUCAACACCACGUCGAACGUGAACGCGUCGCAAUACGCGCUGGAGCUGUUCCCGCAUCUCACCGAGACGCAAGCGAAGAAGGUCGGCUCGCUGUAUGCUGGUCUCGGGGACAAUGUGUUCCAGGUUGAAGCCAUCAUGGGCGAAGCGAUCUUUAUCUGCCCUUCGUACUACCUCGCAAACGCGUACUCUGGUCACUCGUGGAAGGGUAAAUUCGCCGUGCCCCCCGCGCUCCACGUCGACGACACCGCCUACUACUGGCCGACCGGCAACCCGCCGCCGUACCAGAACACGCAGUUCAUCAACGCCUUCGCGCAGUCGUUCACGUCGUUCAUCGUCAACCUCGACCCGAACCAGAAGAUCAACGCGAACACGCUCACGCCGCAGUGGAACCAGUACGAUGUGAACCAGACUGAGAUGCUGUUCAACAGGACCGAGGCGGGUGUACCCGUCGUCAGGGCGUUCAACACCGACCCGCUCCUCGACGCGCGCUGCAGGUUCUGGAAUAGCGCCCGUAAGUCGCCGGUUCAGUGGUAGAUUGCCGCAGGGUUUGAUGACCGACCGCUCAGUCGGGUGUCUCUCUUUUCUACUUAUGGUAGCUAGUAGCAAAACUAAUCGAACAAUCUUCUUAAUCCCAUC